CUCGAACCCCAGUUCGUACGACCACCCACCGCCACCGCUUGUCAGACUGGCAGGCCCGCUUCCUCAAAAGUAUAGGAACCGACAAACCGACCAGAUCACCUCCCCCGAACUAUUCCAAUUUGUAAGGCUCAAUGUGCCUACGAAAAUACAAAGAUUGAGAAAUACGAAUCUCGGAAGCAGGGAGGUUAAUUUUUCACAUCAUCAUGAACCUUAUGGAUAUAUAGAACUCCUUGUCUUCUCGAUUGAGGUUGGACUUUUUACUGAACUGGCAAAAAGAAGUCGUUGGCCCUCUAUGAGUAGUCCAAGCACCAGAAUAGCCGUCUUUGACAAUACAUAUGUGGGAAUCAAGUAUUGGCCGGCGGAUAGUAUCUGGUCGUCCGAGGGAAAUUGGACUUUGGAUGGCAAUGCUAUCAAUGUGUAUGGGACCCUCGUCAAGGAUGCCAUUCGAAGCCAGACGAGUUAUUCGAUAGAUGGCAAGACUCCGGGUAUCAAUAAUACACCAGAGGAGUACGACACCAACUAUGGAGGCAAUGUGCUCUAUAACAUGGUCUUGUUCGAGUCGCCCGUCCUCGAAUAUGGUCACCACGUCCUUAAUGUCACCCUCGACCGCUUCUGGACGCCACAGAUGCUCUUUGUUUUUGAUUAUGUGACGAUUGGGGUGAAAGGGGAUGUAGAUGCCGACUGGACUAUCGUUGACGAUAGUGAUCCUUCUAUCGAGUACAGCAGAAACUGGCUCCUCGAAGACGACGCCAAAUACGAAUACAAAAAGACCAGAACAAAGACAGCGGUACAAGGUUCCACUGUAUCUUUCAAGUUCAGUGGAACCUCUAUCGAGGUCUAUGGUACUUUUAGUGGGUCGGCGGGUGACCCUACCCCUAUCAUAUCGUUCCGAGUGGACGAUGGAACAACUGGAACCUUUAGUUUAUCCGAUACUCAAGGGAAGAUGAUGACCAAUACCAAGUUCUAUGCGCAAAAUGGCUUAUCGGAUGGCGAGCACACGCUCCAUAUCGAAUCCUUGACGGCAACCGAGUUUUGGCUCGACUAUUUUCGCUACAAGGCCACUCUUACCGGCGACUCUGGCUCUUCUUCGACACCAAACUCGUCAUCUUCCUCGAGCAAGACGUCGGUGGCUCCUAUAGUUGGAGGAGUAAUUGGCGGUUUUGCCGGCGGACUCUUAUUGGCAUUUCUCAUCUUCCUUUUCUACCGUCGUCGAAAGGCGGCUCAAGGAACCCCAAAGACGGAAGAGGGGAGACAUGAUAGAUCUAUGGGACAUACAACUUUCUCCAAGGCUCCACUGGUCGUAAGUGACGUGAUUUAUCCAUAUGGUUCUCAACUGAUAUUACAUAAUAGCUUCCAACGAGCAGAAACUCUGCCGCCACAGCAAGUAACCAACGACAAACUGAUGCUCAACAGCCAGCAGUCACCACCCCUGGGUUCCAAUCCUCUUCGAGGACCGAGCUCCUCAGUACCAGUAGCCCGCAACAAACAAACACGAAUACCGGCACAGGAGCUUCACUCUCCCCCGAGGUCUCACAACCCAGUACGUCCCCGGCACUCGUGGCUCCUCUUCCCGAAAAACGUAGAUUGCCAACUCAAGCCAAUAAUCCAGCGGAAACCAUCGAGAACGUCGCAUCCGAACACUCGGCUUAUACGAGUUCCGACUCACGAGGAAGAACAUCCCCUCCUCCUCUCUAUUCCAACUCAUGAGGCUUGUCCUUGCGAAGUGGUAGCGGCGUUAGUGGUAUCUCGCCGCAUACGGUCAGUAAACUCUCUACGAGUCAAGGCCGGCUAUCGAUAUAACUUAUGA